AUGGCCUCUUCCUCUUCCUUCUCUUUUAUUGAUUCAUGGACUUAUGAUGUGUUCUUGAGUUUUAGAGGUAAGGAUACUCGCAACAAUUUUACUGCCCAUCUAUAUGCAGCUUUGCGUCGAAAUGGAAUCAACACCUUCAUGGAUGACCAGCUUAGAAGUGGAGAAGAAAUUUCACCAGCACUCCUCAAAGCCAUUGAAGAGUCACAGAUUUCGAUCAUUGUAUUCUCUAAAAACUAUGCAUCAUCCAAAUGGUGCUUGAACGAGUUAAUGAAGAUCCUUGAGUGUAAAAGAACAAAGGGGCAACAAGUUUUACCAUUGUUUUAUAAUCUAGAUCCGUCGGAGGUGCGGAAUCAAACCACUAGUGUUGGAGAAGCAUUUGUCAAACAUGGAGAGAGGUUCAAGAAUGAUGAAAAUAAGGAACGAACCAGAAUUUAUUUUGAAUGGGUGAAUUCAAUAUUAGUAAAAAAGACAGACUUGCAAGUUGCCCGGUAUCCAGUUGGAGUAGAGUCCCUUUUACAAGAUGUGAAGUUGGUUUUAGAUAUAAAGAACAUUGUCGGUAUACGAAUGGUAGGGAUCUUCGGAACUGGUGGAGUUGGUAAGACAACUCUUGCCAAAGCCAUUUACAACUCGAUUGCUUCUCAGUUUGAAGGUAGUUAUUUUCUUGAAAACAUUAGAGAAACUUCCAGCCAAAAGGGUCUAAUCCAUUUGCAAAAUAAACUUCUUUCUAAGAUCCUAGAAUGUUCAAGUAUAAUAGUUGACAAUGUUGAUCAAGGAAUUACUUUGAUAGAGCAGAGGCUUUGCCGAAAAAGGAUACUUCUCGUUCUUGAUGACGUGGAUCAUUCAGACCAAAUAGAGAAGAUUGUUGGAAAUUGUGAUUGGUUUGAUUCAGGAAGUAGAAUCAUCAUAACAACAAGAGAUGCACAUUUACUAAGUAAGUAUCAAGUUUUAACCUACAGGGUGAGAGAAUUGGAUCACUACGAAGCUCUUCAACUCUUUAGUUAUCAUGCGUUCAAUAGAGAUAGCCCUGAUGAUGGUUAUGUGGAAGUCACAAACGAUGUAAUAAAUUAUGCCGGAGGAUUGCCACUAGCUUUAGUAGUGCUAGGCUCAGCUCUUAAAGGAGAGGAGGUAGGAUGUGUCACAAAAAUACUAGGUAGUUGUGGCAUCAAAGAGCUAAUGGACAGGUGUCUGAUAACUGAGUCUGACAAAUUAUUGGAGAUGCAUGACUUAUUGCAAGAAAUGGGUAGAGAAAUUGUUCGACAAGAAUCACCUAAAGAACCUGGCAAACGGAGUAGAUUGUGGUUUCAUGAAGAUGUUCGUAAUGUCUUAGAAGGAAAUACGAAUUUCGUAAACUUGACAUCUAUGGAUUUCUCUGGUUGUGAAUUCCUUACAAAAAUUCCUGAUGUUUCUAGGAUUCCAAAUUUAGAGAAAUUGGAUCUUGGUUAUUGCAAGAAUUUAGUUGAGGUUCAUCAUUCAAUUGGAUUUCUCGAUAAGCUCAUUUAUUUGUUUGCUAUAGAAUGCUCUAAUCUUAGAUGUUUUCCGAGAAGCUUCAAGUUGAGAUCUCUCGAACAUCUUGAUCUUAGUUUUUGCUCAAGACUUAAAAACUUCCCUGAAAUUGAGUGUGAAAUGGAAUGUUUAGAGGUCAUCGACUUAAGCGAUAGUGGUAUAGAGGAAUUGCCAUCGUCCAUUGGGUACCUCGUUGGGGUUGAAGAUAUAUUUCUUUGUGGGUGCACAAAUCUUAAGAAUCUUCCAGAUAGCAUUCAUCGGUUGCAAAAUUUAACGUAUCUUUCUCUCCGCGGUUGUACUAGUAUGAAAGAACUUCCUUCAUCCAUUGGGUACUUGGGUAAGAUUAGAACAAUAAAUCUAAGUUUUUGCAAAAACCUCAUGACUCUUCCAGAUAACAUAAAUCAAUUGCUAGAUUUAAUUUAUCUUUCUCUCAAUGGUAGCGGUAUAAAAGAAUUUCCUUCAUCCAUUGGGUACCUGGGUAGUAUUGAAGAAUUAUAUCUCGGUGAUUGCACAAACCUUAUGAAUCUUCCAGAUACCAUUUAUCAGUUGCAACAUUUAAAGCAUCUGAAUCUCACAGGUUAUACAAAAGUUGUUGAGUUUCUAAAGAAGGGGGAAGAUAUUUUAUCCAUGGAGAAAUUUGCAAUUUCAUCAUGGGCAGAAUCACUCCAAUUGUCACCUCCGACAAAUACAAGCAAUUCUAAUGAUUCUAAUGAUGGUUGUUCCUCGGCAUCAUUUCCAAAACUUCAAGAAUUGGAUCUUAGUAAUUGUUCCCCAUCACAAUCAAAUUUUUGUAGGAUCUUAGCUUUUUACUCCUCAUUAGAGACAUUAGAUCUAUCAGGGAGCGAUAUUGUAACCCUUCCUCCAUACGUCAGAAGAUUUGUCGGAUUGAAGUCCCUUUCUUUGAAUAAAUGCAAGCAACUUCGAGAAAUUCUAGGACUUCCACCGAAUGUAAGAGAAGUGUAUGCUAAGAGCUGUGUAUCAUUGGAAAUAUUUUUAGAACAAGCUAGAAGCUCUCUUGAAUUGUUUAAUACGUGCGACCCACUAGAGCCCGUGGAGGCUGGAACGGUACGUUCCACACUGCUAUCGCUGAAUCUUGGCAAUAGUGUCCUAACAGAAUUAGAUUUCGCGACUCAACAUGAAUGCCCUUUCAAUUUGGAAAUUCUAUGUCUAUCAAGUAGCAGUAUCGUUAGCCUUCCUACGUGGGUCAACAAAUUUGUUGCAUUGGAAGAGCUUAACUUGGACAGUUGCAAGCAACUUCGUGAAACUCCAGAACUUCCACCAAGUAUAAGAUCGAUAAAUUUGGGCCAAUGCUCGUCAUUGGAAAGACAUAAAUUUGGUGAUAUACGUGAUUUACCAAUGCUUCGGUGGAUUGACUUGUCUGAUUGCUCUGAACAUAUAAACAAUGAUGUACAAAUGCAUUUAUUGAGUCAGGUGCAUCUUAAGGACCGUUACUUUGGAUGUAUAUAUCCGGGAAAUAAGAUUCCAGAAUUCUUCAGCCAUCGUAAAGAGGUUUCAAAUACAAAUUGGUGUGAAAUAGAUAUCAAUGAGCCUAUACAUUUGGGUUCGAAGAAUGCAAGAUUUGCUUUCUCUGCUGUUUUUGGAAGACCGGAUGGACAAGUUGAGGAAGGUACUGUAAUGUGUGUUGAAGUCAUCAUUAAUGGUCAUGAAAUCUUUUGUCUUGACCGAGUACAUAUUUCAACCAGCUCAGAUCAUGUAUGGUUGCUUUACCGUGGUUCGUUCGAUUCUCAGAUAAUGAUGGGUACUCUUCGAGUUCAAUUUACAUGCAAGGAUGUAAAUGAAAAUCCUUCAAAGUCGGUGUUCUUGAAAAGUUGCGGAUUCCAUCUCGAACACAGAUAUCAAGAGAAUACAAUAGGUUUAAUGGACGGUGUUCAACUUUCUAAGAGACACCGUGAUGAUGAUGACGACGAUGACAAGUUUGAAUCCAAUUGGUACCCACACCAAAAAAGGCAUUCUUCAAUGCUCCAGACUAGUUUAACCUUGGGCCUUAGAGUUUCAGAUGCAGAGGAUAUGCCCCUAUGUGAAUCACAACCACUGAACCACAUCAAUCAAAUCACAGACAAAACUUAA